AUGGGAUGGGGUUCUGGUGCGGGCAAGGGCAAGAUCCUUGCCCCCGCUGCCGGCGACCUGGUUCACGUCAGCGCCCACAACCCGUUUGACGGCAAGAUGGUGCUUACCGACAUCUCGGGCCUCGCACACAGGGCGUCGAAGAAGCAGCCGAAGCAGGUGGCGCAGGAGGGAAUCUCGCAGCGUCAGCAGCAGUAUGUGAUGCAGCACCUCCAGGGCAUCUAUGCUUUGGGUGGCAAAGUGUGUCUCGUCCUUGAUGGCCGUGCGUACCCGCCAAAGAAGAAGGAGCGCGAGAGGCGGCGCGGGACAAGCCAGCAGGCAGUCGAUGAGGCGCUGGCAAAGGAGGCGAGGAACGAGGACGCCUCCAAGGAGUGGAAGGCUGCUGCACGCCCCGCCGAGCCACUCUGGGCGUGGCUGAUGCAGGAGUGCAUCGACAAGGACAUGCCCUUCAUCGUUGCACCGUACGAGGCAGACGAGCAGCUCGUGUCCCUGCAGUGGGAGCUGGGGGUGGACCAGGCGGUGAUUUGGGCCGCCUCAGAGGACAGCGACCUCGCUGCCUUUGGCGCCCUGGAGGUGAUUUACGACUGGAACAUCAUGUCGCAAACGUACCGCUCCUCCCGGCUGAUGGAGCAGGUGGUGGGCAAGCAGGUAGACAGCAAGUUCUCCUUUGUCGGCUGGAACUACGACCGCUUCCUUGCUCUCGUCAUUGCCUCCGGCCACGACUACUUCAAGCACAAGAAGGCGGAAGGCAAGCAGGGAUGGGGACUUGUGACCGUCUACAACGCCAUGAGCGCGGCGCGCCUGCCGCCAGUCUACACGCCAGCAGUUCCGCACCCGCCGCUGCACGACCGGCCGGCUGAGUGGUCAACGGAUGCUGCUGUCCUUGGCUACGUGGCGCCCCUGCUGGCGAAGCUGCCGCAGGCAGACCGGGCGACCGUCGGUGAUCAGAUUGUCGCUGCCUGUCGUGCCGUCCGCCUCCACCCCGUGUACAACCUCACGAGUCUCGGCCCGGAACGCCUGUCCUGGCCCAACCUCUCGGUCGACGUCGCUCAGCCGUUCCUCCAACCAGGGCUAAGCAUGCCGCCGGCCGACGCUUCGUGGGCGCAGCAGGUUCCGGGUAUCGAGCUCGAUGCCGAUGCUGCGACGGCAACGAGCGACUCGGAGACCGAGGACGCAGACCCGGCUGUGGCGAUGGACGCGUCCGGCGUCAAGCUGAGUACGAUCGACACCGUGUCGGACGCCAAGGUGCUUGCCUUCCUCGGAGAGUACGGGGUGGAGGUCUACGCCAACUGGUCGUCAGAGACGAGCCGCGGUGUCGCUCGUCGGCUCCUCGAGCAGUAUCCGGAUGGCGAGGUGCCCAUGCUCAAGCCGAAACACCCGGCCCUACACCGGCACUCGCGCACGAGAACCAACCUCAAACUCGUGCCGGGCGCCCCGCGAGGUUGUUCGGUAGUGUACGACGCGGUCCAGGACCUCAAGCAGUCAGGCUUGUUGCUCGAUGCGGCGACGCGUGACAAGUUCCUCCCCUUUGAGAACACGCAAGCUCGAGGCUACCGGCUGUACGACUCCACUUCUGGCAUGUCGCGCGCAACUCGCGUCGGCAACUUCUCGCACGCGCACUCGAAGCAGGCCACCCUGUGUACCUCUCUGCAUGUGACGGUGCAGCAAGCCACGUACGAGUCAGCCCCGGGGCAGCUCGACAAGGCCUACGUGUUCCGCAUGACUGUUCACGCCUCGAUGCGCUCCAUGGACCACACCGUCAUGCUCGCCGUCCGCAAGCCGGCUGAUGGCGGACCGGCCGUCUUGCUGCUUGCUCCCGACUCUGUCUGCUCCUGCGAGCAGGGUCUCGAGUGCUCGCACAUGUACUGCCUGCUGCUGGUCCUGUACUGCAUGCAGGACUGCUCGAGCUGGGACGACUUUAGCAGCAAGGUGCUCUUCUACGACAAGGCUCGCGCGCCGUCGGGCAAGGCUGUGUGGUGGGUCGACAGGUACCCUCACGCGCCGAGCAAGCGCACCUCGCUCGACCGGCUGUCAAUGGAUGCGAAGGUGACGGCGCCGCUGGCGGCGGCGCCUGCAGCGGCCUCGGACGCUGCCAGUCAUGUCAGCGGCGCCGACCAGAACUACCAGCGCUCGGACUUUCACCUCGGCAUACUCCGCGAGCUGUGCGCUACAUUCCGAGGCGGCUCGUUGGCGCUGCUGCUGGGAGCCGAGUACGGCGAUCUGUUCGCUCCGCCCCCGCCAGGCGGCCUCCCACCCACGCCGCCGGGCAGCGACGACGAGGCUGACGGCGAGGAGAGCGGCGCAUCGACACACUCAAUCGGAGCCAGGGCAAGAGCAAGCAGCGGCGCAAGUCGCGAGGAGGACGGGAGCGGGGUGGACGUGGCGGACGUGGCGGACGUGGCCCAGUCGCCCAACUAG